AUGUGGCGUGCCUGGACGCCAGUGCAGCUGUCACAGCGGCGCGCCAUGUGCUACGCCACACCCUUCCUGCGGUCAAAACCGACAUCUUCCAUUGCUUGUAAUGACCUGCGUGAUGGUGGCGGGGAGGUCAAGCAGAGCCACACCAAUACCAGCAUCAAGGAAAGCACCACGGUGGCUUCAACUUCGAUUGCGCCUGGACCGUAUCGCCAUGUCGGCAACAUAUUUAUUGUGCAAUGUGAUGAUCACCCUUUUAAACACUCCUGGGAGAUUAACCGCAUGUUGCGAGAACUGCGACUAGAGUACAAGGGACAGACAACGAUUUUGCCUGACAUCCCGCCUGUGAGGAAGCAGCUUUGGCGAGUGCGGCACGUGGUAAAGGUUGAUAUGCUUGACCUUGACGAGGCAAAGACUCUUAUUGGCGUACCGGAGCACGUCAGUUUUAGCGAUCUUGCGUCACAGAUACCGGCAACAUUUGGCCGCGUGCGUGCCGUGGCGAAUCCAGUGCUUCGUAGCAAAAUGAAUUUCAUGAAGCUGCGUCGGAUGCGGCUGCGUGAUGUGCUGCACCGUGACGCGCUUGAGCUGCGCCUGCUUGAAGAGAGGCGAAAAGCAGCAAGGGCGGCGCAGCAGAAUGAGGAGCAACAGCCUGCGUCUCCUAUAGAGCAAACGCGGAACGGUGAGGCGUCCCAGAGCAGCUGA